AGCUGUUCAUCCAGCACCAUGGCGCUCGGGUUUGUCCAAGUACAUCCAUACCUUCAUCGUGGUCGACGAUGAGACCUUGCAGCCUUGACGCCCAUGUACUAUUUUCAUUGGUGUUCUUUGUCCUCAGCAUCCAUCUUGGGGAGGAUCGACUCGAGUCGGAGCCGUCCAGUCCGAAGUUGCUACGCUCUGAAAGACCUACAAGGAUCGAAAGGACAGCGAGGACGGCUUCUGCCAGGAAGGCUCAGCGUGGUGCUCUGCUGGACGUGGGCGUUCAGAGUGAUGGAGACCUCUUCCUCGAAGGCGAAGAGAAAGCGGAGCAAGUGCAAUCGACCAGCGCUUUGAAUGGUUGUGGCUGGGGUGAUUGGUCGACCUGGAGCGCCUGCUCUGCCAGUUGCGGCGAGGCGAAGAAACAGCGCUCCCGCGGCCUCGAAACCAAGGAGGGCGGCGACGUGGUCUAUGCAGUGAAGAAUUCGGAGCUCUACCGGCAGAGUGCCAGCCUGUGGAGUUCAGGUACUGCCUGGGAGAAGGUCUUUCUGGGCGAGUCCAUCGCUUUGGAGAGCAUUGUGAUCAGUGGAGAUGUCAUCUAUGCCAUUUCAGUGGAUAGAAGGCUGCAUCAGCAGAAUCUCAAGGACCUCACCCCUUCUGCUUGGUUGCAGAUUGGAAGCGAAAGAAAUUGGACGCAAGUGCUGCCUUAUCGUGGGACACUUUAUGGUAUCUCGGAGAAGAAGAUCCUGAAGAGGAGCUUCAGCAACAGCAGUGAGGACUGGACCGUGUGGGCCUGGGGCGAGGAGUGGAAACAACUGGCCAUUGGAGGGAGUGAAGAAGUAGCCUAUGGGCUCAGCGUCGAGGGCAAGCUCUUUUGGCAGAGCUUUUCUUCCAUGUCACCCAACAGUUCCUGGAAGCUUUUUGAUGAGCGGCUCUUCCUGCAGGUCGCUGUGGCGGGCGGGAUGGUCUAUGGAGUUGGCGUGGACAAGCGCAUCUACCAAGCCAAGAGCGAAGGUGGCUGGUCACUAAGCUCUUCCUCGACUUCCAACGAUUGGAUCGCGGUGAUGCUUGGUGGUGGCAUGAUUUAUGCCCUCUCGAAUGACCAGAAGCUUAGCCGCCAAGCGCUACAAGAACUGCGAGAGUCCGAUGGGACCUCCUGGAGCACAGCCUCAGAGCAAGGCUUCGGCAGUGUGGCGCUGCAGCGGCCGGGCUACACCUACUACACCCUGGCGAACAGCGUCCAGUCCGCAGGCUGGUGCGUCGAUGAGAUGCGAUUCUUCGAUCAGACAGGUGGACUGCUACACCCGGUCGCAAGCGCUGGAGCAAGAAGCUUGAGGCAUCCGAGCUUUUGUGCCAAUUCCUCGGGGUCCCUGCGGUAUGAGUUCGAAGCAAGUACCGCGGUCGAGACGUACAGCCUUCGGGGUGAACGCGCGAAGCAGCUGGAUUGGGUGCUCGAAGGAAGCCUUGAUGGGAGCAGCUGGAUGAAGCUGGACCUGCAGAAGGAAGUGAACAGCGAGGGCGAAUGGAUGAACUUCCCGAUCCUGUCCCAGAUCUGUGAUCCCAGUGAGUCAACGGACGAGCAGACUUGUGAGAGACCACCCUGCCCAGAGGAUUGCGGUGUCUCCGACUGGAGCGAUUGGAGUUGUGCCGCCUGCGCCAGCCGUGCCACGCGGAACCGGUCCCUUCUCUCGGAGGCACAGCAUGGCGGCCGUUGCGGGGAGCUGGAGCAACGAGGCCAUGCUUGUGAUCCCAGUAGCUGCCCUGUGGACUGUGUCUACAACACCUGGUCCCAGUGGAGCAACUGCCCAGUGACCUGCUCCGGCGGCGUGCGGACGCGCAACCGCAUGGUGAAGGACGAAAUGAGGUACGGUGGAAAGCCAUGCGAUGGCUCCAACUUUCAAAAGGAGGCGUGCAAUGCUCAGAAGUGUCCCGUGGAUUGUGCCUGGGACGACUGGGGCGACUUCGGCCCUUGCAGUGACAGUUGCGGUGGAGGCCAACAGCUGCGGAGACGCGGCACACGUCCAGCCCAGUGGGGUGGCCGUGCCUGUGAGGGUGAGGAGAAGGAGACGGUUGCUUGUGCCUUGAUGCUUUGCCCAGUGGAUUGUCAGUGGAGCGACUGGCAAACGUGGAGCGACUGUUCUAAGCCGUGCGGCGGCGGUCUGAAGCUGCGGCGCCGCGGCAUCGCGGUGCAGGGCGGCUACGGGGGCGAGGUGUGCGCGCCGGACGCCGCGCAGGAGGCCAUCGAUUGCAAUGUCUUGAACUGCUCCGCGGAUUGCGUCUGGGGUACGUGGAGUGACUGGAGCAGCUGCGGCACAAGCUGUGGCGGCGGUCUUCAGAUCCGCAGCCGGCAACAGAUCAGCGAAGCCAUCGGUGAAGGCUCUCCAUGUGGCGGGACACCUCAGGAAGAUCGUGAGUGCAAUAGCUUUCCCUGCCCUCAAGAUUGUUUGCUUGGUGAUUGGUCCAUGUGGUCACCGUGUUCAACGACCUGUGGACCGGGGCAACGCUACAAGGAACGAACGCACCUCCAGGAGCCCGUACAUGGUGGGGCAGCCUGCGCUCCCGCGACGCUGGCGAAAGAGAUCGAGGACUGUGUGACGGUGACGCACUGCGAGGCAGCGGUUGCUGGAGUGGCGAAUGGCACCAAUCGCACCAGUGUUGCAGCAGCUAUCAUGAAUGUGUCCGGUGGUGUUUCUCCCGUCAACGCGAAGAGCAAAAGGCCUUUCAGCCGCACGGACGAGGCAGCGGUUGCUGGAGCGGCGAAUGGCACCAAUCGCACCAGUGGUGCAGCAGCUAUCAUGAAUGUGUCCGGUGGUGUUUCUCCCGUCAACGCGAAGAGCAAAAGGCCUUUCAGCCGCACGGACGAGGUGUCGCAAGACGUGAGGGAAGUGAUGGAGACGCUGGAUACGAAGAGGCCCUUCAGCCAAGCAGUUGACAGCCAGGACUUUGCCGUCAGCAACCAGACCAACGCUUGGCAGGUCAACCAGACACAACUGGAGAUGAACUUGACAGAGCUUUUGCUACGUGCUGCUGAGGGUGGAGUCUCUCACUGUGUGAUCUAUCAGCGCCAGCCGGAGCCCUCAUCGCUGGAGCCCAGGGAAGUCUUGGAGCUCGGCCCGGCCUCGUUCCGCAGCAUCGAUGACUGUUGCGAGCGCUGCAGCGAUUUUCAUCCCAGUGGAGACACACGGAAGGAGUGCAGUGCCAUCCAGUUUCUCCAGUCGCCCUCGGGUGCCGAGUACUGUGUGCUGAUGAGUGGUCUGGCUUACAAUGAAUCGAUGGUGGGUUCGGACAGAGGCACCUGGUUGGUCCGCAUGCCGGAGUUCAAAUGGCCCUUGUACUACACCACGACGACGACGACCACCACGACGACCACCAUGACCAGUACGAGCACCACGAGCACCACGAGCACCAUCACCGAAACGACCUCGGUGACAAAUACGUCAACAACGACUAUCGUGACGGUCACCAAUACCUCUACGGCACCGUAUGGUUCGUCCACGAAGACGGUUUCGACCAGCAAGUUGACCACCAGCGAAGACGAGCAUGGUUUCGAAGAGAUGGGCAUUCCGGAGGCCAAAUCCAUAGAGCCUCCACCCUUGGAGAGGGCGCAGUGGUUGGUGGCCACGAAGCCGGAGACCUGCGACCAGACGUGCCAAGGCAUCCACGAGCGCUGCGACUUUGCCCAUCUGAAAGCCACCGUGGAUUCGCAACGACAGACGCAGAUUGCUUUCGCACAAGCUGGCUUCAGCUGCUUGAGCUUUGGAACUGGCUGCUCUCCUGAGGAUUGCCCCAGCUGGGGUGCACCGUUCUUGCAUCAGAGCUUCAUGGAUGGAUCAACCCUGAUGCGGAAUGGCCAGGGCGAUCCCUGCUUCUUCGGCAAUGACGCCGCGCCCUGCGACGCGGCGCCCGCGGACCGGAACCACCGGCGGCUUUGCGCCUGCAGCGUCACCGGAACCGGUGCGGCUGCGAGUGGCAAUGUGGUGGGGUAUGAAGUGUUGGAGGUCUCGAACGUGCGAACCUUUCUCAGCUCCGAGGCAAUCAAGGACUCCAUCAUCGAAGCUGUGGCAUUGCUGGCUGAUGUGCCAAGGGUCGCCGUACAGGUCUUCCUACAAUAUUUGAAGAGUGAUGAUGCGACCGAUCCUCCUCCAGACCAACCUGGCUCAGUGGUCAUGGUGCAUGUGAUCAACGCGUCAGCCACCUGCAAGUCGCCCCAGGUGAUCCGUGAGGCUUUGGAAGCGGAGGCUCGUGCGGAGAUCGUGGACAAGGUGCUCAAACCCUUGUUGGCCAUGGAGGGGCCUUUCGAGGAAGUGGGUCCUGGAUCCUGCCUUGAUGUGGAAGGGAAGGAGUACGACACCUUUGGCCACGAAGGCACAGUGACACUCAAGAGUUGCAAAGAUGCCUGCAUGCUCUUCACGGCACAGCAAUGCCAUGGCCUGACCUUUGCUGCAGGACGUUGCGAGCUGCGGAUGGAAGAUGGCUUUGAUCAGGCCUCACAGGACUGGAGCCUCUCCUGGGCUGAGGGCACUGGCCACGGCACCAUCCAGGCAAACAGUCCGAGUGGUGCCACCAGCACCAGGUGCUGGCGCCGCACGGACGGGGCGGAGCCGACCGAGCAGCCGAGCAACCACACGACCGAGCAGCCGAGCGGGAGCGUCUUGUCGGGAAUCAUGGACUGGCUGCCGGACAUGGGCAUCCUCUCAGGAUUAGGGAGCCUCUUUCGCUGAGGCGAGUGCGAGGUGUCGACCAGCGGAUCGUGACGUGGGCUGUGCAAAAGAAGGGCGAACUGGACCAGCGGCAUUGGUGGAGUUCACUGCAGAGACUUUCUGAGACUUUCUGGGUGGUUUCUAGGUGGUGUGUAUUGAAAUCGGAUGAAAUGGGAGUUGAUCGAAAACCCCG